AUGAGUCCAUUAAAGAAACAACGGGGACGAUCCCCUUCAUCAUCCCGGGGCCGAGGGGCUCGAAGAAGAGCGGGUGCUAAGCCUCCUCAAGAGAAAGACCCCAAAAAAAUAAAGCGGGACUCACCCGGCAAAACCCCACAGAGCACACCCAGCACUUUCUCGAAGCAGAGCUUACCCUUAGUUGGUGACCUUCAUAACGAGCCGAAUACGGACAAUGAUACCCCCAGGAGGGGUGAGGCGAACGGACUGAGGAAACUGGUCGAGUCAGCUGACAAGGAAGCGCCAAAGACAGUAAAAGAUGUGAUGGCGUGUCGAAGCUCGUCCACCGACUCAGUAGCAUCCCCUACCUCUCCCGCUGCACCACAAAGCACAGCCACGCCACCUCUAGCCGCCAGCCACAACCCCAGCCCGGCCUCGGUGUCUAGCAGAAAAACAGCCACUUUCAAGGCUCGCGUUCCCAAAAAGAAAUACACAUAUGAGCACUUUUCCAACAACUCCACUCCUCCCACCAUCCUUCCUACCUCCAACUCUGCACCCACAGGCAUAACUUCCUGUAAUAGCAACAGCAAAAUCGGUGACAGUGUGAAUCUGACUCUCAAUAAUAUGAAGAACUGCAACAAGGUUAGUCAUAUGAUUAAUAAAAACACCGAUGCUAGUAUAAACGCUACAAAAAAUGACACAAGCAUGGUCAAUAGCAGUGUAAAAAGCAGAAGCAAUGCGUGCUCAGGUAAUCAGUUAUCAGUUCAACAUGUGACCAGCAAAGCCACAGAAGAUUAUGGGGCCCUCAGGACAGUAGCCCCCCGAGAAAAAAUGUCCCAAGUGGGGGAGGCCGAAUCAGACAGGCCCCCCAACUCGGUGCGCUCCUCCUCCACUGAUACAGCCAGCGAGCACUCGGCUGAUUUGGAAAUGAUAGAAGCAAACGGACCAAGCAAUCUGAACACCCCCGCCCCCUUUCUAAACUUGCCGCCCAAGCGAGUCAACGAUACAGGUGGACCUGCUGAAGCACUUGCUACAGGUUUAAAAAACCAGAGGGUUCUGGCUCGCCAGAUAAGGAGCUUGAUGGAGAGCACUGCCGACACUUCUGGGCAAGUGGGGUUCAAGGAAAGGGUCUCUUACCCAGCUUCUCCGGUGUUCAGACCUGGUGUGGUGAGAGGGGUCAGUGGCAAUACAGUUGAAGUUCAACUUCAAGGAAAGGACAUAAUUAUUAGAUAUCCUUUUGAUGGCAGAACCACGAUGACAGCGUCAGGAUCUGGUAGCAUUGUAGAGAUAGUUUUGGAUGAACCCCCACCUGGCUUGUCACCAGUAGCGGUUAGUACCAGAGUCUGUGUGCCCUAUGGCGGAGAGGAGGGGGGCCCUUUGCUAUACAGAGAGGGGGUUAUCUCUCAGGUGGACCCUCACCCAGGUGUCUCGUUCCCCUACCAGGUAGUCCUGAGUGAAGACGGCGAGACCCUGGGUGGCAUGAAUGGCCGUCAGGAGGGAGACAAAAGUAAAGCUCAGACCGUGUGGGUUUCACGACAGAGUCUGAGACUGCUCACCCCUCCCUGGGAUGUCCCGCACUUGGUGGGUGGGGGGGUGCGGGAAAGAGAGCGGGACAGGGAAAGGGAAGAAAGAGAGUGGAGGGAAGAGAUGGAGGUAGAGAGAGAGGUAUGCCAGUUGAGUAGUGGAAUGGGUGUACUGGGAGUUGGAGCAAGGCUGAGCCAUGGCUUGUCUCAUCAAGGGGUUGCCGCAGGGCUUCCCUAUGGAAAUGUACAUCUGCCUCCUCAUCCCUCCUCCGUUACUUCUAGUGUGGGGCCUACCACGGUCUAUUCAGAUAGAGAGAGACAGAAACAUGUAAAUAUCCCGGAAGAAGAUGUUGAGGUAUCUCGUUUCAAUAUGUCUGCUGCACCCAAGAGCAACUCUACAAUGGUUCAGCAAAGAAAUAUAAUUUCCAAGUCCAGUAGCUACCAACCGUCUUCACCCCACCUCUCUGUGGUGAGGGGUUUGGGUCCCUCUCAUUUCACCACCCUAGCAAGCCCCCAGCUUCCCUCUUCGACUGCCUUACCCAGUUCCGAAAUGAACAAAAGUCAGCAAAAUCUACCUCCAGCCAAGAUCACUCCCACUCAGACCCCAACACCCUUUUCAGCGGGGGGGAUUUCCUCUACCUCUUCGCGCUCCAGGACGCCCCUCUCGUUGGCUCACCAGAAAUACAAGAAGGGCGACGUUGUGUGCACCCAGAACGGUAUUCGUAAAAAGUUCAAUGGUAAACAGUGGAGGAGACUCUGCUCCAGGGAGGGCUGCAUGAAAGAAUCUCAGCGUCGUGGCUACUGCUCCAGACACCUGUCGAUGAGGACCAAGGAAAUGGAGGCUGCCGGAGGGACGGAAAGGGUCGGCGGAGGAGGCAGCAGCUCAGGGACUGUGACGCCAUCUGACCUGCGGGGCAGAGCGAGCAGUGAGUUUGAGUGGGAUGAAACAUCCAGGGAGAGCAGCGAGACGAGUAGCAGAGGAGACUCAAGACCACGCUUGCUCCUCCCCUCUGUCUUGCCCCAUGAACUGUCAGCCCGCUUCGACUUUGACGAGUGUGAGGCGGCCACUAUGUUGGUGUCGCUAGGAAGCUCCCGUUCUGGCACACCAUCCUUCUCUCCCAUUUCUAACCAGUCCCCCUUCUCCCCAGCCCCCUCUCCGUCGCCAUCCCCGCUAUUUGGCUUCAGGCCGGCGAACUUCUCCCCGAUUACCGCCUCUCCGGUUCUUCAACACCGGCGGCACAGACAGCCAAGCGGCACGGGGGGAGGAGGGGGAGGGGGCAACAAGGUGACGAACCCAGCCGGGGGAGGAGAGCGGGAGAGACACACUUCAGGCAUCCAGCCGACGUUCCACAGCAACCUCACGUUUACGGUCCCGAUGAGCCCAAGUAAAAGAAAGCCAGACGCACCCCCUCCGCCACCCCUCCCUCUGCACCACAACAAUUACACGCCUAAAACAGAGCUGGAGCAGGGCGACCUCAACAACUCUUUCAGAGUCUUGUCCCCGCAGACACCAGUUUCACAUUCCCACACACCCAGCUUUUCGCGGCCGAGGGGAGCUGCUACCCCUUCCUCGAGCAGGCCCCCAUCGUCCACAGCCACCUCCCCUCCUCCUCUACUAGUGUCCCCGACGCCUCCCUCCCCUCUGACCCCUGACGGAGGGCCUCGUCGCGUGGUCCCUGUUUCCCAGCAGAGCUUGCGGGAUUCCCCCGUCAUUGUGAGAAACCCUGACGUUCCACUGACAAAAUUCAUAGAGUGUCCCGUAGCAAAAGGGAGCGUUAAAGAAGGAGGAGUUGAGCCUCCUUUAACAAAAGAUAAUGGCCUAACCACCUUCACACCUCAACCAAUUUCUGGCCUCCAGGUUCCCGUACCUAUCAAUGCCGCAGCAGCUCCUGUUCCCAAUGGCACCGUUCUUCUCCGAAGUCCAGCACAAACUUUGCUGCUCGUGUCCCCUUCACCGUCUUCUAUACCCACCUCAGACACUCCUGCCCCACUGCAAGCCCUCUCAGUCACUGUCAGCACAACCGUUGCUGCCCCCAUUCCGUGCAGCGUGGACAGCUCUGGGGAACGAGGGGAGACGAGGGUUUUUGAGGGUGAGGUGCAACAACCGGUCCCCUGCCACCCAUCCCCCACGGCGCUGCUUCCUCUGAUCCUGCCCGUGGAGAGCCUUCACCCCACGCCGCGGAAGGACAUCAUUAUGGGACGGCCCGGAACAGUCUGGACCAACGUGGAGCCUCGGUCUGUUCCGGUUUUUCCUUGGCAUUCUUUAGUGCCCUUCCUGGCGCCCACCCAAUCAGAUGCCGCUUCUCAGCCGGGGGAAGGCCAGCAUCCUGUCAGUCACCCUCACGCAGCCACUCUUAAAACCGACUGUCAGGCAGGAGCGGGGCCACCUCCCGAGCCUGCUGAGGCCCCUCAGAUUGUUGAGAGGGGUCCACCAACUCGGCAUGCCACUGCGCCCGAGGAGUCGGAGAGGGAGAAAGUGGACGGGGAGAGGGAAAGGCCUGACAGCGAAACGGAGAGCGACGUGGAUGACCCCUUCCUCCCUGGCGUUGUGCCAGAGCAGCCCCUCUCUACCUCCCCAGUGAAGCGACGUACCCAGUCCCUCAGCGCGCUGCCCAAAGAUGGGGACAAGAGCAGCCCUGGAAAGCGUGAGAAAGACCACAUCCGGCGGCCGAUGAACGCUUUUAUGAUUUUCAGCAAGCGGCAUCGAGCCUUGGUACACCAGCGGCACCCCAACCAGGACAACAGGACUGUCAGCAAGAUUCUGGGCGAGUGGUGGUAUGCCCUUGGACCUAAAGAAAAACAGAAAUACCACGACUUAGCCUUCCAGGUAAAAGAGGCUCAUUUCAAGGCUCACCCUGACUGGAAAUGGUGCAACAAAGACAGGAAGAAGUCCAGCUCUGAAGGUCGUGGCAUCCCCGGAGGCAAAGAUAUCCGUGAGAGGAGCAUGUCUGAGUCUACAGAGCCACAUUCCGUAGAGAUGAAAGGUGUAGUAGGUCCGUGUCUGGUGGGCAUGUCUGAGAGGAGUCAGACAGCGGAGGGUCACAUGAGCCAACUGACGCGACCUAGAGCCUUCUCGCAAAGUGCCGUGCACAGCAUGGAGAGGGGCGACAGGGGCAAUACACAAGCCCUGGCUGAACUGGCUCAGCUGUGUGGGGAUGGAGGCGGGCAGUUUUCCAGCCACACUACAACCCUGUCGCAGUCCCAGCGGGGUGUCAGUGAGGACAUGACCAGCGACGAGGAGCGCAUGGUCAUCUGUGAGGAAGAGGGUGACGAUGACGUCAUAGAGGACCCUUAUCCCAGCGCCUCCAUUGACCUCAAGUGCAAGGAGCGGGUGACAGACAGCGACAGUGAAAGAGGUUCUGGCGACGAGAGCGCUCAAAAGCGAGUCUUCGCCCCUGUCAUCUGCUCCACGGCGUCUUCGUCACAUCAUGGCAGGAGCGUGUCCCUCUCCUCCUUUCCAGCCGGCAAACGCUAUGACGAGGGAAGAUCAGGGUUUUUUUCUGACCCAAGGAAGAGGGGAGAGGGAGAUGUCAAAGACUCUAUCGGGGGUGAGGCGGCAGCAUUGAACCCCUCAUCUGUCUCCCUCUCCUGCAGCCAGUCGGUUAUCUCCGCAUCUGCUUCGCAUCUUGGCAUUGGUGCCGUGCGAGUGGCCUCCACGGUAUUGACUAACGUGAUGAGGCCUGUCAUCAGCACACCGCUUCCCAUCGUCAGCAAACCCCGAGACGGUGCGGCAUCGUCCAGCCCACACCCGCCCGAGAGGAAACCACUGACGCUGCAGCAGCCGCAACUUCUGAUCGGCUCAGGACCAGGAGGCGGUGCCACGUCAGUACCAAGCGGUUACUCCUCUUCCCCGUCACCAAGUCCCGUAGGUGCAGGGGUGGUGACUAAUUUAGUACUGGGAGGCUCUCUGUCAGGGCAGCCCGCAGUGCAGCUAAUCACCCCGCCCCCACAGCCACAGCCCCCAUCUUCCAACAGCCACUCCAAUGGUCCCAUACCUCUACCACUGCUCCAGCCUCAGUUCCUCCCCACCUCCUCCCUAGCGCCCCCUGGAGGUAAGGCCAUCACGCAGGUCCAGUACAUUCUACCCACCCUCCCCGCUAAUCCAAAGAGCCCGCCACAGCAGCUCUGCCAGCCUACCAGUAUCUUCAACUUGCCCGCAGCUCCGCCCACGCACGCGCCCUUGGCCAAUGGGAAACAACAGGGUCAUAGUUCACUCGUGUGUUAUUCGUCCAGCCCAGGAACAAGAGUGCAAACACAGUCGCCAGUGCUCCAGGGUAAAAUGGUCGUCCCCAUGGCGACGGUACGCACGGCACCGGGUCCCGCCCAGCAGUUUCCUAUUGUGGCCCCGCCUCUUCCUGUUCAGAACGGCGCUCCGGCAGGGAGCAAGAUCAUCCAGAUCGCACCCAUGCCUGUGGUCCAGUCGCAGUUGCCUCAGGGAGGGGCGAUCCACUCGGUCAGCCCCUUCCCAGUGACAGUGGCCACAGCUGCGGUUGUUGCUCCUGGGCCUGCGGCCCCCUCACAGGCUGUUCUCCUGCCGCCUCCAACCACCAGGAUCACUUAUGUGCAGUCCACUCCAGGGGUGCCAUCCUCACUGCCAGUAGUGUCCACAACAAAUUCAUCUUCGUCCUCCUGCACCUCUCAGCAAGGGCUACCUCCUCCCAGCUCCGCAUAUGUGCCGCCUUCCCUGGCCACCCUCGGUUUCACUACCAUCCCCCAGCCUGGGCAGACGCUGGUUCAGCCGCUGAUUGCCGGUCAAGCGCCUCUCCUGGCCGCAGCCCCGUCUCCACAGCCCCCCAACUCAGCCCCCAGCCAGAUCGUCACUGCCGUCUACCCGCCCUCACAGAGUGUUACCAUGGCGACAGGGGCGAUCUCCAUGGCGGCCAUGUCACCUAGCGCGACCGUCUACUCCGUCUCCAGCCCCUCCAGCGCUUCCGGCCAGUUCAUGGCCAAACACUCUUCACCGGCUACUGUUGCGGUCAAGCAGCCUCAUCCGGAACAUCACCAGCCGCCUGCGGACAGAGCUGGCGAUAGACAGGCUGAGAGGCAGACGGAGGUGCCUGUGCAGCCUGAACGUCAGGUGCAGUGCUCCAUAGGUAGCGGCUCAGCAGCACCUCCUGGUGGAACCACUAUUGCUGCAAGGCCCUGCAGUCCUCCGCUUCAAAUCCAACCGCCUGCCAGUACAUCCGCCAUACUCAAGCUUAGCCAGCUCCCGAGCCGACCCCCUCAAAAAGUGAAAGCCACUCUGGCCAGCAUACCUGUUGGCAACUACGAGUCAGGGGGUCGCGGGAAAGAACGUGAAAAGGAGCGGGAGAAGGAAAGGGAAAGGGAAGCCUCGGUCGCCGCUUCCAACAGCCACUUUUCUUUUGACGUGGAACCCACAGGACCCACGACUGCUUCCCCUGCUUCACAUUCGGCAGAGGAGCCUCCGUCCUCCGACGGCACAGCAGAAACCACCAGAGAGGCCGAAUGGAAGGAAUCCCUUCCAUCGUCUCCUCUUCCACCUCCAUUAGCCACUGAGCCCCCUCUGCCGCCCCCUCACACCGACAAAGACGGGCCAGCGCCAAAGAAGAUCAAAGCCCGCCCUCCACCACUAAAGAAGACGUUUGACUCUGUGGACAAGUCGGGAAGGGUGCUGUCGGAGGUCUACUUCGAGGAGCGCUUCGCCGAGCUGCCUGAGUUUCGGCCCGAGGAGGUCUUGCCGUCGCCCACGCUGCAGAGCCUCGCUACGUCGCCACGUGCCAUUCUGGGAAGCUAUCGUCGCAAAAGGAAGAAUUCAACCGACUUGGACUCGGCCACUGAUGAUCAAGUGUCUCCAAAAAGGAAGAGUCGGCGGCGCUCCAGCUGCAGCUCAGAGCCCAACACGCCUAAAAGCGCCGCCAAGUGCGAGGGCGACAUCUUCACUUUCGACCGACCAGGCACCGAUGGCGAGGACAUCCUAGCCGAGCUGGAGUUUGACAAAGUGCCGUACUCAUCCUUGCGGCGGACGUUGGACCAGAGAAGGGCACUGGUCAUGCAGCUGUUCCAAGAACAGCAAGGCUUCUUUCCAUCAGCUCAAGCCACAGCCGCCUUCCAGACCAGGUACUCGGACAUAUUUCCCACCAAGGUGUGUCUGCAACUGAAAAUCAGGGAGGUCCGACAGAAGAUCAUGCAGACGGCCACCCCGGCCGACGCCGCCUGUCUCGCCGUUCCCAUAGACUCCUUGCCAGGACCUUCCGGCGCCCAGUCGGGGGACGGACCCGGGAGAGAGGACGAGGACACGGAACCAGGGACCGAGGACGAUCCCGGAGAUUCACAGGACUCUUCCAGAUGA